AUCAUAUGCAUAUCACAUUUUCAAUUAUUUAAUUUAAAGAAUAAACGUAUCCUAUAUAUCAACUGAAUCACGGUGAUACAAUGGCUAUCAUUAAAUAUUGUGUAUUAUCGCUCUUCUAUAUCUUUCCACGGUGGGACAGUAAUGUUUAAUGAUGUAUUGUAAGCCUUUACGAUAAAUAACGCUGGAUGACGUUUGUGAUCAUAUAACGUUUGUUUAUAUACUUUACCUCCACGAUAAUACAGCUCUGACACCAUCCAUCGUUUACAUCAGUUUAGCAGUGAAGUCAGAUAUCUACAUGUGAAAGAUCACCUUCAAUAGUUCAAAAAUGAAAUAUCUAAUUACAAAUGGUUAAUUUUAAAAUAGUUAUAAGCCUUUUAUAAGCAAGUAUAUGGUGCAUUUCUACAUGUGUAUCUUCUGAAACACUUUAAAUUAAUAAUUGGUAAUUUGUAAAUUAGUGCUUCAAGUUCUUUGAGUUAUGACUGGGUAGGAUGGUGUGGUAUUACUGGUCAGCGUUUACACAAUGAACGCCAGCCAAAACACACUAGAUUUGUUAGCUAGAUUUAUCUUCGUUUCUCGAAACAAUCAGGGAAAGGUGUUAAUAUUCAACAGAUGAUAUUUGUUUUCUAUGAUAAACAACCACUUUCUGGGGAAAAUCCUAAACAAAUGAGCUAGUAAACGAUAUACAUGUACCUGCAGCAAAUAUCAAUGAACUAUAUAUUUACAUUGAUAUACCAUUUCAUAAUUGCUCCAUUAACAUAAUGUACCACAUUACAAAUCUACAAAUGUGUAUCAAUUGAUCACCAUUUUAACGCAGAUAUUAUAGAAACAUGAAGAACAGAAUAUGCCGUCUUCCUCGGCGAGUUUCAGCGUUCUUUAUUUCCGGCUCGUUCAUCUCUUUCAUUGUUUUUAUUGCGUACAACGGAAAUGUACUUAAGAAUGGACUUACUUCAGUUAGCAAAGGUCCGAUAGGACAAAUCAUCAGUCUUGAUGACAGUGAAAUACGCAAUGAAGAACAUACGGUCAUUAUCGUAAAUAAUGUACCAAACAGGGUUCCCGAUAAAAAACAGAACAAUCGUUUAAAUAAUGCAGCAGACAGUAUUCGUAGUUCAAAACGGAUGGUAGUUAGAAAUAGCGUAGCCGACAAUAUUCUCGAUACAAAACAUGGGUAUCUCUUUAAUAAUGUAGCAGGCUAUAUUCGUAAUACAAAACGGACUAAUUUUAAAAAUAACAUAGCAGACAAUAUACCAGACGCAAGACAAAGACAUCUUACAAAUAUUGUACCAGGCCAUAUUGCUUUUACACAACAGAUCAACAUACUGAAAGAUGUACCAUACCUCAAUCGGAGUAAUAAACGUAACAAUGUCAUAAACAUUAAUCUUUCUUCAAAGAAGGGCCCUCUAAUUAGCAGCAAUUCCUGGUCAAGAUAUGAUCUAUUCAAAUACUCUCAACCUCUAGCCGGAAUACCCCAUACCCGACAUGGCCACAUCGACAUAGGAAAACCCAAAGAAAUAGAGAAAAUGCACCAUGCAAAGAAUCACACUAAUACAAUUGAUAUUCUCGGUAUGGCACAUACCAGGAGUGCUUUCAGAAUGCCGACAAAUCCUGUAGUACCUGGAGAAGCGAACCGACAAACAGUGGUGCUCCUCCUAUCAUACCUCCGCAGUGGGUCCACUCUAACCGCUGACAUUCUACAACAGGUUCCCGGGGUGUUCUACGCUUACGAACCGUUAAAACGUUACAUAGCAACACAUGCUGAAUAUAUUUCAUUGAAAGGAAUCUGUUCAAUGAAUAACUUAACUUGCAGGAAUCCUAAGCGUAACUCUGAGUUACCCCAACUAUAUAUAGAAGACAUAGUUCGAUUCUACGGCUGUGAUCUGGAACAUUUAGCGGGAUCAUUUUUGUGGAGUAAAACUAGCAAUUCUGUGAGGAUAUACAAAGACUGCACCCAAGCUACAUCUGAAUUCAAUGCGAACAAUCAGUUUUGCUUGAAACAGUGUUUUGAAUCAACAAGAUAUUUGAAAACCAUUCGUUUAUCAAUGGAUAUUGUAGAGAUUCUUAUGACAAUAAUUCCAAAACUGAAGGUAAUUCAUCUACUUCGUGAUCCACGCGGAAUGAUUGAAUCCAGGAAACGUGGAGGUUUUGUGGCAAGACUGAUGGAUUUGACAAAAGUUGCACAAUCUGUGUGUCGACGGUUUGAAAGGGACAUAGAAAUAGCCACUAAACUAAGACAGAUAUAUCCUGGGCGAGUGAAAACCGUCCUGUAUGAACAAAUCGCCGAGCAUCCAAAAUUAGCUUCCGCAAGUUUAUUCAAAUUCCUAGGAUUUACAGCUCCCACAAAUUUUGAUAUAUGGCUGCACAACCACACCGCUGCAGGAAUUACAGGAAAAUACUACGAAACAACCCGUUCCAAUUCCACGUUUACCGCUAACUCUUGGAGAUUGCGCAUGUCGUACGAAGACGUAAAUAAAGUUGAUAAUGAAUGUCCAAUCUUUUAUAACUAUACGGGAAUUUUGAAAGCUGAAUCUGAAAAAUCACUCAGGGAUUUGACUUUUCCAAUGCGCUUGCCUAGUACGGAAUUUGGGGAUUUUUUAUAAUUAAAAACUUGUAAUAUGUGUUGGAAAAAAUAAGUCUUAUAUUGGAAAAGUAACUGAAAAGCAUUAUGAAUAUAUUCAUUUCACAAAUUAUUUUUUUGUAAUUGUUAUGGAUUUUAAAUUCGUGUUAAUCGCAAACUGCGUGUCAAUUAAGAAACCAUAUAUUUAGGGUCAGUGCAAGAAUGCUGGGAACCAAAUUAUGAGGAAACUGAAACGACUUUUAGGUAAGCAUGACAUUACACGUAAUGGUCAUAUUAGUUCUAGGUAGUAAAUUACUUGAAUAGCGGGAAAAGUCUGUAAUUUUUGCUAUUGUGGUGAAUACAGAUUCUUGCGAACUUUUGGAAAUAUACCAAACGUUGAAUUAUUUUAACCCUGCCUACUCGCACAUCAGCCAGGAGAAAUUAAUUUUAAUGUUUAAUUCUUUUCGUUGACAAGUAAUGCCUUAGAAUAUAUGCAUGAACAAUUUUAAUUCCGUCCAUCUGACAAGCGAUACGCUCAACCUUUAGCUAUCACCUAUGGUGUUUUACUUUAGUUCGUCUUACUUACUUCUAACCAGAUCAAUGCUUUAUAUCACCCUUCCCUGAUAUAGACGUUUCAGCUAAUCCGUCAGAUCCAGAUCUUACUAUAACAUCAGAUAAGAUCACAAUAUAAUAUUAUAACAUAAUAUUGCAUUUAUAACAGUAUCGAGUUUCUAUUGCAUUACCCCAAUAAUUAAAAUUAAAAACUAAAUCGAUACUUCACGUCAUACACUGUCGGAUCAUAAUGAAUGCAAACAUCAACGUUAAUAUUUCAAUAGUGCAUAAAGAAAUAUCUUGCGAUUUUCCCGGAGGAGAGACGGACUAACCGAACAUGCUUCUGUAAAUGAGGUAACCGAGAGCGUUAUCACCUCUUAUUGAGUUAAUGGGGAAGGAUAUUCGUUUCGUGCUGUUGGAACAUCAAAUGUUACACUAGAGCAGAGCCCUUUCUCACCUCAUGGCUAUAUUGCUGAAAUGUUUGGAUACCGCCAGAUAUAUGCAUAGAAGUAAAUUUCGAGUUAUGCCACUGAGAGGCACGUAUUGCUUUAGUUUUGUAUUUGUUACCAUUUAUCAGUGUCACCGUAAAAAUAAAGUGAUUCUGUCAACCUA